GCCACUCGUCUGUCUGGCUGGCUGUGGCCAAGGACAGUGUUUGCCCAGCCUCUCACUCUGUGACCGAGGGGUGGGACUUUUUUGUUCCCCAUUGCUGUGGCUGCCUGUGUGGGCUUGCUCAUCCAAGGCUCCUCCUGCCCCUUCCUCCUGCUCUGGAGGGCGCUUGUUCUGAAUUCUGAGUGCCCCGGGUGCUGCACCUGCCUCAGAAGCCCAUUUGUGACUGGGUGAAGCCUAUUUCUUUUCAGGGAACUGUGCGCAGGUGUGACCAGGUAGACAUCCCUUGCUGUUGUUCCCAGCUGCCUGGUCUUGAAUAUCAUCAUGGCCAAACCUUAUGAAUUUAACUGGCAGAAGGAAGUGCCAUCCUUCUUGCAGGAAGGGGCAGUUUUUGACAGAUACGAAGAGGAAUCUUUUGUGUUUGAGCCCAACUGCCUCUUCAAAGUGGACGAAUUUGGCUUCUUCCUGACCUGGAAGAGUGAAGGCAAGGAAGGACAAGUGCUAGAAUGUUCCCUCAUCAACAGUAUUCGGCUGGCAGCCAUACCAAAGGAUCCCAAAAUCCUGGCUGCUCUAGAAGCUGUUGGAAAAUCUGAAAAUGAUCUGGAAGGGCGGAUAUUGUGUGUCUGCAGUGGCACAGAUCUGGUGAACAUUGGCUUCACUUACAUGGUGGCUGAAAACCCAGAAGUAACUAAGCAAUGGGUAGAAGGCCUGAGAUCAAUCAUUCAUAACUUCAGGGCAAACAACGUCAGUCCGAUGACAUGCCUCAAGAAACACUGGAUGAAACUGGCAUUUCUGACCAACACGACUGGUAAAAUUCCAGUGAGAAGUAUUACCAGAACCUUUGCAUCGGGGAAAACAGAAAAGGUGAUCUUUCAAGCCCUCAAGGAAUUAGGUCUGCCCAGUGGCAAGAAUGAUGAAAUUGAGCCUGCUGCAUUUACUUAUGAAAAGUUCUAUGAACUGACACAAAAGAUUUGUCCUCGGACAGAUAUAGAAGACCUUUUUAAAAAAAUCAAUGGAGACAAAACUGAUUAUUUAACGGUAGACCAAUUAGUGAGCUUUCUAAACGAACAUCAACGAGAUCCUCGGCUGAAUGAAAUUUUAUUCCCAUUUUAUGAUGCUAAAAGAGCAAUGCGGAUCAUUGAGAUGUAUGAGCCUGACGAAGAUUUGAAGAAAAAAGGCCUCAUAUCAAGUGACGGGUUUUGCAGGUAUCUGAUGUCAGAUGAAAAUGCCCCAGUCUUCCUAGACCGCUUAGAACUCUACCAGGAGAUGGACCACCCCCUGGCUCACUACUUCAUCAGUUCUUCCCACAACACCUAUCUCACUGGCCGGCAGUUUGGCGGAAAGUCUUCAGUGGAAAUGUACAGACAAGUUCUCCUGGCUGGUUGCAGGUGUGUUGAACUUGACUGUUGGGAUGGAAAAGGUGAAGAUCAGGAACCAAUAAUAACUCAUGGAAAAGCAAUGUGUACGGACAUCCUUUUUAAGGAUGUAAUCCAAGCCAUCAAGGAAACAGCGUUUGUCACAUCAGAAUAUCCUGUAAUACUCUCCUUUGAAAACCACUGCAGCAAAUAUCAACAGUACAAGAUGUCCAAGUAUUGUGAAGAUCUAUUUGGGGAUCUCCUGUUGAAACAAGCACUCGAAUCACAUCCACUUGAACCAGGCAGGCCUUUGCCAUCCCCUAAUGACCUCAAAAGAAAAAUACUCAUCAAAAAUAAAAGGCUGAAACCUGAAGUUGAAAAAAAACAGCUCGAAGCUUUGAAAAGCAUGAUGGAAGCUGGAGAGACAGCUGCCCCGGCUAGCAUCUUAGAAGAUGACAAUGAAGAAGAAAUAGAAAGUGCAGCUGAUCAAGAAGAAGAAGCCCACCCUGAGUACAAAUUUGGAAGUGAACUGUCUGCUGAUGACUUCAGUCACAAGGAAGCAGUUGCAAACAGUGUCAAGAAGACCUCAGAUGACCUUGAACAUGAAAACAACAAAAAGGGCCUGGUCACUGUAGAAGAUGAGCAGGCAUGGAUGGCGUCUUAUAAAUACGUAGGUGCUACCACAAACAUUCAUCCGUACUUGUCCACAAUGAUCAACUACGCACAGCCUGUGAAGUUUCAAGGUUUCCAUGUGGCUGAAGAGCGCAAUGUUCAUUAUAACAUGUCUUCUUUUAACGAGUCAGUUGGCCUUGGCUACUUGAAGACACACGCGAUUGAAUUUGUAAAUUACAAUAAGCGACAAAUGAGCCGCAUUUACCCCAAGGGAGGCCGAGUUGAUUCCAGUAAUUACAUGCCUCAGAUUUUCUGGAACGCUGGUUGCCAGAUGGUUUCACUGAACUAUCAAACCCCAGAUUUAGCGAUGCAAUUGAAUCAGGGAAAAUUUGAGUAUAAUGGAUCCUGCGGGUACCUCCUCAAGCCAGAUUUCAUGAGGCGGCCUGAUCGGACAUUUGAUCCCUUCUCUGAAACCCCUGUGGAUGGGGUCAUUGCAGCCACAUGCUCAGUGCAGGUUAUAUCAGGACAGUUCCUAUCAGAUAAGAAGAUCGGCACAUACGUGGAAGUAGAUAUGUAUGGGCUGCCCACCGACACCAUACGGAAGGAGUUCCGGACUCGCAUGGUUAUGAACAAUGGACUCAACCCAGUUUACAAUGAAGAAUCUUUUGUGUUUCGGAAGGUGAUCCUGCCCGACCUGGCUGUCCUGAGAAUCGCAGUGUAUGAUGACAACAACAAGCUGAUUGGCCAGAGAAUCCUUCCUUUGGAUGGCCUCCAAGCGGGCUACCGACACAUCUCCCUAAGAAAUGAGGGGAACAAACCAUUAUCACUGCCAACCAUUUUCUGCAAUAUUGUUCUUAAAACAUAUGUGCCUGAUGGAUUUGGAGAUAUUGUGGAUGCUUUAUCCGAUCCAAAGAAAUUUCUUUCAAUCACAGAAAAGAGAGCAGACCAAAUGAGAGCUAUGGGCAUUGAAACUAGUGACAUAGCAGAUGUGCCCAGCGACACUUCCAAAAAUGACAAGAAAGGCAAGGCCAACCCAGCCAAAGCGAACGUGACCCCUCAGAGCAGCUCUGAGCUCAGACCAACCACCACAGCCGCCCUGGGCUCUGGCCAGGAAGCCAAGAAAGGUAUUGAACUUAUCCCUCAAGUGAGGAUAGAAGAUUUAAAGCAAAUGAAGGCUUACUUGAAGCAUUUAAAGAAACAACAGAAAGAGUUGAACUCUUUAAAGAAGAAACACGCAAAGGAGCACAGUACCAUGCAGAAGUUACACUGCACACAAGUUGACAAAAUCGUGGCCCAGUACGACAAAGAGAAGUCGACUCAUGAGAAAAUCCUAGAGAAGGCGAUGAAGAAGAAGGGGGGGAGUAAUUGUCUUGAAAUGAAAAAAGAAACAGAAAUUAAAAUUCAGACCCUGACAUCAGAUCACAAAUCUAAGGUCAAAGAGAUUGUGGCACAGCACACCAAGGAGUGGUCGGAAAUGAUCAACACCCAUAGUGCUGAAGAGCAAGAGAUCCGGGAUCUGCACUUGAACCAGCAGUGUGAGCUGCUGAGAAAGCUGCUCAUCAACGCUCAUGAGCAGCAGACCCAGCAGCUGAAACUCUCCCAUGACAGGGAAAGCAAGGAGAUGCGAGCCCAUCAGGCUAAGAUUUCUAUGGAAAAUAGUAAAGCCAUCAGUCAAGAUAAAUCUAUCAAGAAUAAGGCAGAACGGGAAAGGCGAGUCAGGGAGUUGAACAGCAGCAACACUAAAAAGUUUCUAGAAGAAAGAAAGAGACUGGCGAUGAAACAGUCAAAAGAAAUGGAUCAAUUGAAAAAAGUCCAACUCGAGCACCUGGAAUUCCUAGAGAAACAGAAUGAGCAGCUUUUGAAAUCCUGUCACGCAGUGUCCCAAACACAAGGCGAAGGAGAUGCAGCAGAUGGUGAAAUUGGAAGCCGAGAUGGACCGCAGACCAGCAACAGUAGUAUGAAACUCCAGAGUGCAAACUGAAGCUGGUUCCAUGGACCAUCAGGAGCUCAUGGCCAGCUUCUAAACACGGACUCCAUGGACAAAGGCUGUUUCCUUUUGUGUUUCUUUUAUGUAUAGACACGGUGUUACCUGAAACCACAGACUGGGGAUGACCAAAUGUUCUUCUAUUAACAAUUGAGUAUUGAAUUUCUUUGGCCAACCAAAAAUAUCUAUGUAUCUACAAUUAAAAAUAAAAAAGAAUCUCCUAUUCCUGACAGACAGAGUUGAACUAUGAUACACAACUUAAACAUGUUUGCUAUAAGACAGCAUCACAAGUCGGUGGGCUUGGUGUUAACAGCUCUGCUUUGUGAUGCAUUAGGACAUGUUUGAGCUGCUGC